AUGGAGUGAGCACCAGCCAGCCACACUCACACACACCACAACUCAGUGGAGGAAUGUCCUCUAUAAAACCAAACACAACACACACAAUUCAACACAAAACAACAUAAACCAACCCAAAAUGGACUCACUGUCCCUCCUCUGGACCGUCCCGCUCCUCGCCGCCGGUCUCUACUGGUUCAUCUGCAUCCUGGGUCCCGCCGAGCAGAAGGGGAAACAUGCCACCGCCAUAUCCGGCGGCUCCAUCUCGGCGGAGAAAGUCCAAGACAAAUACAAGCAGUACUGGUCCUUCUUCCUGCGGCCCAAGGAGAUCGAAACCGCCGAGAAAGUGCCGGACUUCGUCGACACAUUCUACAAUCUCGUAACCGACAUCUACGAAUGGGGCUGGGGCCAAUCCUUCCACUUCUCCCCCUCCGUUCCUGGCAAGUCCCACGCGGAGGCCACGCGCCUCCACGAAGAGAUGGCCGCGGAUCUCAUCCAGGCCCGCUCCGGCCACCGGAUCCUCGACGUGGGCUGCGGCGUAGGAGGGCCCAUGCGGGCCAUCGCGGCCCACUCAGGCGCCAACGUGGUGGGCAUCACCAUCAACGAGUACCAGGUCCAGCGGGCGAGGUUCCACAACAAGAAAGCGCGGCUGGAGUCCCUCUGCGAGGUGGUGUGCGGCAACUUCCUCCACAUGCCCUUCCCGGACGACAGCUUCGACGGCGCCUACUCCAUCGAAGCGACCUGCCACGCGCCGAAGCUGGACGAGGUGUACGCGCAGGUGUUUCGCGUUCUGAAGCCGGGGGCGCUGUACGUGUCGUACGAGUGGGUGACCACUGACAAAUUCAGAGCGUCGGAGGCGCAACACGUGGAGACCAUUGAGGGGAUCGAGAGAGGGGACGCUCUCCCUGGUCUGAGGAGCUACGCUGACAUCGCGGAGAGCGCGCGUAGGGUGGGGUUUGAGGUGGUGGAGGAACGCGAUCUCGCUCUUCCACCCUCUCACCCGUGGUGGACCCGCUUGAAGAUGGGUCGGGUCGCCUACUGGCGGAACCACCUUCUCAUUUCUGUUCUCUCCGCCGUAGGAAUUGCCCCCAAAGGUACCCUCGACGUUCAUCAAAUGCUCUUCCAGACCGCUGACCACCUCACCCGUGGCGGUGAUACCGGAAUAUUCUCUCCCAUGCACAUGAUUCUCUGCCGAAAACCCAUCUCCUCCUGAUCCAUUCAUCAUUUCCUUUUUCUCUUUUUCCUUUCCUUUUCCUACUGUAAUUGCUUUUAAUUCCAUGUUCCACUGCUGCAUGCAUGCAAUUUGGUUUUCAAAGCUAUUUUUUUUCGUUGGAUAGCUCUCACUCUGUGUAUACUGUCCUAUUCAUCCUCAAAUCUCACGGAUCCAGGAAUCUACAAAGUUCUCAUUUUCCUUUUUCUUAUUUUAAAAUUUUCGAUCACGUACUGCGCUGAGAUGUAAAUUAAAGUAAAGGGGGAAGUGGUGCGGUGAAGCUGCGCGUGCCAUGCAUGGUGGAAUCAGAAUCUUCAGCCCUCUUGUGUUUAUUUUUUUAUGUCUGAUGCUACCUUUUACUCACGUUGCGCUUGGAUCUAUAUUUCUCAUUACUCGUAACGCCCGGAAUAAAAAAAACCACCUACGGUAAUUUUGUUACUA